AUGACAACAAUUGGAACAACAAUGAAUCAACAACCUAAUACUACUAACAAACUAGAAUAUACAAAUGCUGCUAAAAUUCAGAAUUCAGCUUCAUGGUUCAAAAUAUGGGGAAGAAAAGGUCCAUUUAUCAGAUAUGGGCUUCUUAUGAUUCCACUCAAUAUGUUUGGAGCACUUGGGCUAGGUCAUCUUUUUACAAGUCAGAUAACCAAGAGUGGGAGAUUCUUGAAACUAAAAAAGCCUUUUUCAAGAACAGGGCCCAUUGAAGCUUACAAGCCUAAAAACUUAUCAAUAGAAGAAGAGCUAAAGGUCAUAUUAGCAUCCAAUAAACUAAUCCAUUAG